UGCAAUGUCCUAAUUGGAAUUUAUGAAUGAAAUUCGUAUUGGACUGCUGAUAUUUUUUUUACUGGCAACUAUUCGAUCUUGUUUCUCUUUCGUUUAACCACUGUUUCACCUUCCCGCAGAAAAUAGGGUGUCGAAUCUGUCCUAUAACCUCCGCUAUAUUUAUUACUAUUUAAAGAUCGAAGAUGAAUCUUUUAUGAUAAUUGUGGGUCAAUUCGUGUAAAGGUUUUAUUAAGUGAUGUUGUGUAAUAUCGGUUGCGUUCUUGCGGUCAUUCUGUAGCGUUUGAAAAAUUAAACAUGGCCUCGAACCGAGGACUUCAGAUCGGGUCCGCGUGGUUUCAACGGAAGCUGAACUUGAGGCCACAGCACCGGGGCGUGCACCUAGUCACCGAGGAGAUCCUCAAGCAGGUGCCUGAGUUGUCGCUAUUCGCCAUCGGACUCUGCCACAUCCAGAUUAUGCACACUUCGGCGAGUCUCGCGUUAAAUGAAAGUUGGGACCCAGACGUACGAGACGACAUGGAGAUGAUGCUCAACAAAAUCGUGCCUGAGGGACUGCCGUAUCGCCACUCCUGCGAGGGCCCUGACGAUAUGCCAGCUCACGUGAAAGCAUGCUUCUUGGGUUCCUCUCUCACAAUUCCCAUCACGGACGGGAAACUAAAUUUGGGCACAUGGCAGGGUGUGUGGCUGUGCGAGCAUCGGAAUCACGCGGGCAGUCGAAAGGUGGUGGUGACGCUGUCGGGCUGCCCUCGGGACUCGCCGCUGUCGGCCGCGUCGCCGGCGUCGUGCUCCAGUUAGGAGCGGGGGGGGGGCGCGACCCCCCACACGCACUCGCACUCGCACGAGCGCGUCUCGUCCAAGAGCAGGAGGUAAACGGCGACCAGUCGUAGACGAAGAGAUACGCGACAAUAUGUACAUAAGAUUAAUAUUUGUCCUCGGGCUCGCCCGGCCGCGCUGGAGGCCCGCUUGUAAUAUAGCUUUUAUAGGAAUUGAAUAAUCUCGGCGGGGCCAGGCGGCGGCCGGACGCCGCCGGGACGGUUUUAACUAAUUGUUGUUUUGUUGUUGCGACUUGUCGAUAUGUACAUAGCUGCGCGGGCCCGCGCCGCAGGUUCGAUUGUUGAGAUGGUUGAUGUGGCACCCACUUUUACCGUUAAUCUUACUGAGAUAAGGGCGGGGACGGUUUGUAUCGAUUGACUUUUCACUCCUGCACUCGUUCAAUAUUUUCCAAGUUCACCGGGAGACACUAUAUUUUUUAACAUGACCGCACGUUAGGCAUUUUUAUGAAGUCGGACACUCAUUUUACUAUACCAAUUUUGUAUGUAACGUACCGGGCCGACGUCGUCGGUCCCGUAUUGUAAGAGCUGCGGUAGGUUAUCUAGUUAAGUGUGCGUCUACGAUAGCUCCCUUCUCUCUCCGUGUUAGGAUAGUCUAUACUAGUACGUGAAACGAGUCCAUAGCUUUAAAUGUGUCACACCCGUUGUAUCAACGGGUCCUUCGGGGCGACAAUGAGCUAACCUUCAGUACUCCUAGGUGUAGUUGUAUAUCAUUAUCUUAAGAUCAUAUAAGUGCCUCGGAUUUAUGGGGUGGUCAUCUAAUCGUUUGAGUCGACGUUACAACCGACGUCGACUGGCUUGCUCUACACUCUUGUCUUUGAUUGCGAACGAUUAAAUUUUUACUUACAAUAUGUACGUAAUAGAUUCAAGUUUUAUUUGGCCACGUGUAUAAAAGACGCAUGUGUAUAGUUGUAUGUCUUCCUAUGUAAGUUCCAUCGCGGUAGAGCUCGGUAAGUGGUUGGGAUCACGCCUCUGUUCCUGAUUCGGUAUUAGGGUAUUUGGUAUCACCUUAUCCGGCCACGUCUAUGUUACUUAAAUAAGGUAAUUAUACUAUAAGAGGUCUGAGAAUCCAUUUUAGACUCUCACUAGGGCAGGGGUUCCCAACUUUAUUUGUCAUCUUACCCGUCCUGACGACGACAUUAUUUUUUCUGCCUCCUUUAGAUUUUGCGAUGGCCAAAAAUCAAGAAAAUCUACGAGUUUUCAUGAUUGUCUAAACAUUCCGCGUCCCCAAUGCCAUCGCGAUACGCCUCCACUAUUGGGAACUCCUGCACUAUUCAGAGCAAAGCAGUCGUAAGACUAGAUAGUGUAGUGAGGAUCGAUUGCUUUUGAAAACGUUCUGGGAACGAUCUCAGUUUUGUACAUUCCGUUUCGCAUUCCGCUUUACAUGUCCCAUCGGCGCUUGUGUGGCACAAUUUUACACAUGAGACUUAGUUAGGAGUUAAUAAAUUAUAAAUAGUAGGUUACGGUGUAAGGCACUGAGCGGCGCCGCUUAGACGUUUUGAUACCGCGUGUACAAAGUUAGAUGUCUCAGACAUGACCGUUGGUCUCACGGAACUUAGACUUACCUCACUUAGGCAGCUUGUACGUUCAUACUCGGCCUUUUAGACUCACCUUUAUAUUAUCGACUAUACCGGUUCUUUUUAAACUUGUUUAUCUUAUUGAGUAGUUUUUUUAUCGUUAUAAACAAAGCUUUGAGCUUGUCUUAUAAGUUGUAAAGGGUAUCUAUAUAUACUUCACUUGUGCUGUUUGAUUUUCGCAUAUUCUACGGUUUUUCAUAAUUCGUAUUCUUUAUAAUACCUAAGUUAUUCUCUUUUGAUAGAUUCGGGGAGUGGGCUGAGGGAAGGUUAUUAAGUGCUUUUUAAUACAUAAUUAAGUAAGGGAUGUAAAUAUUUUUUGCAUUAAUAUAAUGUACAUGAGCAUUAAUCCGUGUACAUACUGAUCACGUGUAAAAACGUUUCAAGUGCUAUUCGUGUAUGAGUGUUAGAUAAGCCACUGCCAUUAAAGAUUUGCCUCUUGUAAUAUACUCGAUUUAUUUUGUCACGAGACUUAACGUUUAGUUUCCGCUUUGUUACGGUAUCAAAAAUAGUAAAGAUAAUAAAUAUCCUAAGUAGAAGUUUUCCAAUGAAGAAUAGCGACUGGAUCGCGUAGUUGUAACUCGAUUGUUUUAUCGUUAAGUGUUUCACCUCGGAACACCGUUGUUUUUGUUGGUCAUUAUGUAGCUUAUAGAUUGUCCCAGUUUAGGCUGUUCAGUGACAACGAAUGUGCUAGUGUUACCUUUUAAGUGGUCGCAAAAUUUUGGUUCCAUUGUGUUCCUUUUGAGGACCUACAAAUGUUUUAAAACCGUGAGCAAUUGUGCAGUCCCUUUCAUAAAUGCCAUUUAUUUGUCCUCCUGUGUAUGAUGCAAUGAGUGUUUCACAAUUUCAAAUAUAUUAUUAAGCGUAACAAAUUCACUAUAAGGGCACGAAUUUUAUCUAAUUAUUUAAUCAGUAUCAUUAAUUUGAUAAUUAAUAUAUUUAUUGCACAUAGGAAACGAGGUUGUAAUCAUGAUUAAUAAAAUAACCAAGAAGGGAGACAAAUAAUUUGUGUGUAUAUUAUUUAAGAUCAAUUAUUAUAUCAAUAUUGUAUGAUUGUACAGUGAACGGUCACUACUUGCUGGUUUCGUGCUCACUCAGUGACGUCAGGACAUCCUGUCGCAAUCAAAUGUAAUUGUAUCAUAUUACUUGUACAAUAUAAAUAUAUAGAUCCACAAUUAUGAAAGAGAUUAAAUAUUUGCAAAAGUUAAAA